UGUUGUCCGCUUUAGAAUUAGCAAAUGUCAGUAGGCAGUAUUUUGCAAAUCAAAUAUUUUAGUUCGUUGCGAACGGUGGGUACAGUGCACAAACUUACUGCAUACUGUCUGAUAUUUAAGUGCGUUAGCUACAUUAUUUCUAGCAGAAAUCCACCCUGACCGACGUGCAAUAAAAUAAGCAGAUGUGUGGUGUGAAGUGUUAUCAAUAUCUGGUUGAGUAAUGCAGUUGUCGACACUUCUUUAUGAUCUCCCGGGUAACAUUUGUCACAUUUAAACAGUUAAGCACAAAAUGCACUUUUUGAAUCCUUGUAGUUUAGUCUCAUUUUAACUGUAGUAAGAAGGAAAAAUAUUACUGAACUAAAUUUCUAGCUACAUUUUUACAUAAAAUAUGAACAGUUUCCCCACAUUGUUCCCUUGUCUGCAUUCUCCACUGAGUUUCAUUGCUGCCUGAAGCUUAUGGUGUGAAGAUCUCCAAGCUUGUUACAGAGGGUGACAGUCAGAAUAAAAUCAGGAUGGCGUCCUUUGGCUGGAAGCGGAAAGCCGGUGACAAGGUCUCCAAGGCAACGGUCCAGCUGUUUGAGGCAGAGGCAGAGGCGGAGGGGGCGGGCCGUGGGGAGGGCGAGGACGAGGUGGACUGGCUCCAUGCCAUCAAGCGGCGAAGGGAGGUGCUGCUGGACGACUGUGCGACUAAAAGCAAGAGACUGAAGGAUGAAGGGGCCCUGCUAGCUGAGCAAGGCAGGCAAUGGGAAGCAAUAAAGAGAUGGGAUGAAGCCAUACAGUUGACUCCAGAAGAUGCUGUUCUGUAUGAGAUGAAGGCACAGGUUCUGACUAGUCUGCAGGAGGUAUUCCAGGCGGUUCAAGCGGCUGAGAUGGCGGUGAAGUUCCGCCCACUCUGGUGGGAGGCCUGGCAGACCCUUGGGAGGGCUCAGCUCGGCCUGGGGGAGGUGGAUCUGGCUGUGAGGAGCUUCCAGGUGGCAAUUCACUUGUGUCCGACGGAGCGCCCCCUAUGGGAAGAAGACCUGUGCUGGGCUCAGAAGCUGCAGCGUCAGAGCAGAGCAGCGCGGGAGAAGGAAGAGGAGGAAGAGGAGGUGAAGCAGCAGCUGCUCCAUGCCCCUGAGCUUAUUCCGGACUAUGACUUUGAGAGCAGCGAGGUGGUGGCUGCCUGCGUGACCAUCGCAGAGAGACAGAAGCGCUACGACAGCCUCAGAAAGAGCACCGUGCUCGUGGAUUCUAGCGGCGCCCUGGUAACCGUGAGCAACGAGGACGAUGCAACGGUGCCCCAGGACCAGUUUGUCAAAGCGCGGUGCCUGUGACGCGAUUGGCUGACAUCAGUGGGAUUUAAUGGUCUUAGCUGUAGAUAUUUUUUGUUCGGUGAGGUUUUCCAGUGCUUCUUGUGGGAUGCUGUAUCCUGGCCUUUCUCAAGAGAAAAUGUUCGUGUUCUCAUAUCCGGCCAUGGCUUUUGUGUUCCUCUUGUGAUGUAUUCUGUGUUCUUUCAUUUGAAUAUGCAUGUUUUAUUGUCAAAGAAUACACGUCUGUUCCACUAUCAGAAAACAAUGUGCAUUUAAAACUUCGAUAUUUAUUACACAGAGAUAUUUUUUUCAGUGCUCCAAGCAUGAAACCUAGCUCUGUGUCUUGUUUGAACAGUCUUGGUAAAUGGGAUGAAGUACUCAAAACAUCUUGGGUGUGAAUGAUUCAGUUUAAACAAUCCAUUUGUGCUAAAGGAUAAAGUGUUAUGUUAGACAUGCCACUUCAAGGUUAAUGUUCAGGGUAUUAUGAAUAUCAUGGAUUUUUUCAGAUAAACAGUGUCAACAUUAUUUCAAAAUCAAUUUUUAUAUGUUUAAAAACUAAAAGCACAUGUUAUUGAAACCCAAAUGGUAAAUGUAUUACUGUCCUGGAACUGUGAGAUGACCUCCCUUUGAAUUCAGUGGACGUUUACCUUAUUGCGUUUAUUAUGACAUAAACUAUAAAAACGAAACAUAAAACUU